AUGCAGUUCUUCGCCACUACCGUCGCCUUCCUCGCCGCUGCCAUGACUACCUCUGCCGCGCCUGCAUUUGGUAGCAGUUUCACUAUCUCUGCAUCCAAGGAUGCUACAAUUGGGAUGAGCCAGAACAGUUACUACACCGCCCAGGGCACGGCAAAGACACUUGACGCGUCCAACAAACCUGACAACGUUUCCGAGAUCCUGAUCGGGUUCUCUCUGCCAGAUCAGGCGGUGCAGAACUCCAACUACAUCACAAAGUGCACACUGGACUUGCCGUUCUUCCAGACUCCGGGACAUGGGCUGACCAAGAUCAUGGCUAUCCGUGCAGAGGGCAGCUGGGACGAAGCGCGUGUUUCUGGAGCCAACAAGCCUGCCAAGGUUGGUGACUAUAGUGAGUAUACUAUUGACUCAAAUGAGGACUUCAGGCUGGAUGUUACAGCCAUGUGCAAGGAGGCUGGGAGCCAAGGCGGUGAGCUCUCGUUCUACAUCGCCAGCCCCGACGUCCCGUACGCUGCUACGUCGCGUGAGGGUGGUCGGCCUGCAGCCCUGGACUUCGAGGUCUAUUUCCCAGGCAACUGA